UCGUGCAUUUGCUAAUUAAUUUUUAGUUUAACUGUGUGCUUUAAAAGAUUACGAGAGAAGGAGGAUUUAUAAAAUUCCAGUAAAGGCAGGAGCGAACUCAACAGAAAACGGAGAUCGGUGUUGCCGUUGCGCAAAAAGAUUUAUUGUUCCGUGUUCCUGUCCGUCACUUCAUCUCACCACGAACCACGAGCCGUUCAAAAUACUUGUUCUGCUGUCCUGCUGUGUCAUGCGGACGUUGGCUUUGAUGCCCAAAUCUGAAGCGGUAGUGUCACAACAGCAGCAGCAGCACCCGGCUUUCUCCUCCCAAGUCACGGACCAUAACCCUUCCAGUUUGCGAAUUUAUCAGAUUACCGCAUUGAAAUAGUGAUGAUCAAAUACUGUCAAAUCAUGGACUACAACUCAAUCGUGCAGGACUUGGUGGCUCCAGGAGACAUUGUUUUAUCGACUGUAGAGUGCAGUUGGAACGAUAACUUCCGCAUCCUUGCUCUCGUGGAGCACCCCGUGUGGGACGAAACGGCGGAAAAUGCUCAACAAUCCGGCCAACUUUCUCCACAAGAGCGUGAAUUUGUAAUUCUCGUUCUGGACGGACGAGCUCCCAUCCUGACGAAGAAUGACGUGGACGUCGUUCACCUAAUUUCCGUGAAUGGGAGUGCAUUUAGCUGUGAGAUUGACAUGGAGAGUGAGUUUGGUGAUAAUGAAAUCGGUGUGCGAAUAAGUCCUAGUCUUGUCGAAUCUUCAAUGCUUGUCACACUCGCGAGUGGAAAUCGUAGUCAGAAUUUUAUCGAUGAAGUUUUUCGAGCAGCGCAAAUUGCUAGCGGGACGUCGGCGAAGACUUUCCCUUGGCUCCCGUUUUACGAGAAUUUGGUGAAAAGUUGCUUUCCCUUCCAGUACUCACUCAGUGGUGGUGGACCAACUCCGCUUCCUCCUGGACUUUCCUCCCUCACUGACGAUUUCAUAAGAACGAGUAGUGAAGGAGAACCUGAAGAAGAUGAGUACACGGUUCCUGGCUAUGAAAGAGAGUCGUUAGCCAAGGGGAUGACCAGCAUGAAAGGCCGUGACCACGCUAUAAAAUGCAUGCUGGACAGGAAGCAGGAGCAAUUCAUAGAUCUCCAGGGAUAUACAGUGUUUAUUGCAUCGUGGAAUGUAAAUGGCCAGUCUCCGGGUAGCAUUUGUCUACGCGAGUGGCUCUCCAGAACUCCGGAACCACCAGACGUGUACGCCAUAGCGUUUCAAGAGUUGGACCUCAGCAAGGAAGCCUUUCUCUUUAACGACACCCCCAAAGAAAUUGAGUGGAUGCAGUCAGUGAAAGCGGCGCUUCACCCUGGUGCAAAAUAUGUGAAAGUAAGGCUAGUCCGAUUGGUGGGGAUGAUGAUGCUUGUCUACGUGAAAGAUCAUUUGCGAAAGGAUCUCAAGAAUGAGUCGGCCGAAGUGUGUGGUACGGGUCUCUUUAAAUCAAUGGGGAAUAAAGGUGGCGUGGCUGUGAGAUUUGAGCUGCACGAAACGUCCAUUUGCUUCGUAAAUUGUCAUUUGGCUGCCCAUGUUGAAGAAUAUCAGAGAAGAAAUCAGGAUUAUCAACAGAUUACUUCAAGACUUUUCUUUUACCUGGCUGAUGGUGAUAUAAAAUAUGUCAAAGAUCACGAUCAAGUGUUCAUGUUUGGAGAUCUAAACUAUCGAAUCAAUUCAUCAACAAUGGAAGCAGAUCGGGCAAAAGCUAUAAUUGAGAAGGAGAAAUACUCGCUAAUUCUGGAGCAUGAUCAACUUCGAGACCAAAUGAGACUGGGAAAUGUGUUUCAAGGAUUUACUGAAGGAAAUCUCAACUUCCGACCUACUUAUAAAUACGAUACUGGGACGGACAACUGGGACUCAAGCGAAAAGAACAGAUCUCCGGCUUGGUGUGAUCGUAUAUUGUAUAAAGGGGAUAAUGUCAUCCAAGUGGAUUACACGUCACAAUUUCAGUACAAACUUAGUGAUCACAAACCCAUCUCAUCAUCAUUUGACUUGAAAGUGAAAGUCAUCAACCAAGCUAGAUACAGAAAAUGCUACGAAGAGUGUUUGAAACAACUAGAUCGACUUGAGAAUGAAUUCCUCCCUCAAGUAACUGUAGACAUUCCCAAUCCCAACAUAGUCCCACAUUCGAAUAGAAAUGAAAUUCACUUUGGAAGAAUAAGAUUCUUGGAACCAGUCCGAAAAUCCUUCACGGUUGCCAAUACAGGGCAGGUUCCUGUUCAACUGGAAUUUAUCAAAAAGCUCAACGAUAGUUAUAUUUGCAAGGAUUGGGUCCAAAUUGUACCAAUCAGUAGUUUUAUUAGCCCAGGAGAGACCUGUGAAAUCGAGUUGACAGUUCUUGUCGAUAAGAAAAGUGCAUCAACGCUGAAUGUUGGGCGUGACUCGCUUUACGAUAUUUUAGUACUUCAUCUUGAAAACGGGAAAGAUAUUUUUAUUACGAUUGCUGGAGACUAUGAGCGAAGCGUGUUUGGAUGUUCGAUCCAAGCAUUGGUCAAUAUGAGUGAACCAAUUAAGAAUAUUUCUGCUGGGAAACUUAUUGAAUUGGAGAAAGGAAAAAUGCCCGUGAAUCAUUAUGAUGUUCCAAAGGAGCUGUGGUUUCUUGUGGAUCGUUUGUAUAAAAAUGGAAUGGAAAAAGAAAACUUAUUUACCCAAUCGGGCUUACAAGACGAGGUUUUGGCAAUUAGAGACUGGUUGGAUCAUAUACCCAACACCCCAAUGCCCGGGAGUAUCGACUCGACCGCAGAAGUAUUGUUACUCCUGUUGGACUGUUUUUCUGAACCUGUGAUUCCAUUCUCUCUGCAUUUACGGUGCAUAGAAUCUGCAUCAAAUUAUACUGCAUGCAAACAACUAGUGAAACAAUUGCCCCCAGCUCAUAAGAAUUGUUUCUUGUACCUCUGCUGUUUCUUGAGAGAACUGCUCACUUUCUCUACCAAAAAUGGCUUGGAUCCCAAAAUACUGGCUCUCCUUUUUGGAAAAGUAAUGCUUCGUGAUCAAAACCCUAACGCAAAACAUAAUACAAAAUUGGAGAGGCAAAAGGCAACCUUUAUCUACCAGUUUUUGGUCAAUGAAGAUAUAACGACGGGUGAAGAAUUGUGACAAAUCCCUCGCCUGUCGUUUUGGUGGGACAUGAACUCACAAAAGUAGUAGUGGCAUUAUCGUGACAGGCAUAAUAUAACUUAUCAAUUCAUACGAUGACACGACUACACGACUUCAUCUAUGUAAUACUUUACCAACCAAACAACAAACAUUCCGUGUCCAAAUUGCAUUUCAUGACUUUUCUCGACCUAUUACGUACACUUAUCUUUAAGAAUAGAAUUUAUAGAAAUGUGUAUAAACUUUGCGCUAUAUAUGUAACUUACAAUUUACGUGUGUCCAAAUAAAACUAUUCUAUGCAACUAUA